UUCUCUGCGUGUCUGGACAUCAUUACCAACCGUUACAAUCGACCUCGGAGGAAGCAAUGUUGGUGCCGCCAUGGCUGGAACCACUAUUAUCGACCACAUUCUUCACGAUAUGCCAGACACAUAUCAGCUUGCCCAGAAACGAGUGCAACAUGUUCUGCAUCGAUUGCACCCACCGAUCAGGUUUUUGCUUUUAUUGCAGGUCGAUUUGGCAUCAACACCACCGAGUAAUUCAGAUAAGGAGGUCUUCGUAUCACGAUGUUGUCAGAGUGUCAGAGAUUGACAAGGUUUUGGACAUAAGUGGGGUUCAGACGUACGUGAUUAACAGUGCCAAGGUCAUUUUUCUGAACGAGAGACCUCAGCCGAAGACCAGUUAUGGUGGUAAAGGCAGUCCACAUUUCUGCAAAAUAUGCAGAAGAAGCCUUUUGGACCCUUUUUGCUUCUGUUCUUUGGGCUGUAAGCUUGCAGGAAUAAAGAAGAAGAAUGUGGAGAGUAAUUAUAAGAAGCUGGGGUCAUCGGCAGGGAAGAAAGAUCAGGAAGAACAGAGAAGAUUAUUGGGAUCAUCGAGGGAAGAAGAUGAAUUUGAGGAAGGAAAUGACGAUAACAAAGAAUAUGAAAGCAACACGCGGCCUCCUGCACAGCAAGCUUACUCAAAUUCAAGAAGAAGGAAGGGAAUCCCUCAGAGGGCACCAUUAGGGCCAUAACAAUGAGUUAAAUUAAGAUAUGUUUUGUUUUUCUUUUACUUAUUUAAUUUUAACGUUACAGAUAUGUGUUUAAGUUAAAGCUUCGUUUUAUUGGUUUUCUUAAUCGUUAAUAAUAAUAUCCAGCUCAUGGCUUGAGAUUCCCCCCCGCCCAUGUGGGCAAAAAAAAAGUCAGAGAGUUUAGGUAUAUUACU